CGGAUUGUCCGCUCGUCUGUACGGGGCCUAAGAGAACCUGUCUGUGUCUGUUCUGAAAUGGAUAUCUGGGAUAGUCAGUAUGUUUAGAAGUUAUACAUUUAUUUAUAAUGUUUCUCUUCCUGUCUCUGCAGACUGUUCUGAAAUGGGUAGUAUUUGGGAAAUUUCAUUUGACAUGACAUCAAUUGAUGCAAACAAUGAGCUGAAGCUGGCCGAACUAAGAAUACUCCCAACACCUUUGAGAGGCUUUAACAACAUAACACUGAACAUUUACCAUGCCACAGGUGGUAGCAAAAGGAUCUUCAUUGGUUCACUACAGUCCGCCUCAACUAUAACACCGUAUUCUACAUGGAAAUCAUAUAACCUGACAAACAUUAUUCGGAACUACCUUCACCACCCUGGAACUGCUAGUAAAGCAUCAAAAAAGGUCAACGAUACAUCAGAUGUUAGUAUAAGCUCUAAAUGUAAUGGAAUAGCAAAUGAAAAAGUCAUACUGGUGGUGUUUUCAAAGGAGAGACAAUCUCUCACUCUUUAUGGGUCUCCAAGCAUUAUCAAGGAUGUUGAAUCCUCAAAGUAUGUCAAAGCAGAAAAUGAUACCAUUAGGAAAACUGACCAUAGAAGACAUCGGAGAAGCUGGGAUGCAGAGCAAAGCAUCAUUAGAAACAGUGUUCCUUUCACAGCUGAAGAAAAUGGAAAUCUCUGUAGGAAAGUGGACAUGUUUGUGGAUUUUGAAACAAUUGGGUGGGGAGAGCAGAUUGUCUACCCAAAAAGAUAUAACGCCUACCGCUGUGAGGGAUCCUGCCCUGUACCUCUGAAUGAAUUAUUCAAACCAUCAAACCAUGCCUACAUAAAGAGUCUGGUGAAAUUUAACAAUCCUGAUAAAGUGGAAUGCAUGCUGUGUGCACCUGUAAAAAUGAAGCCAUUGUCCAUGUUAAUGUACGAAAGGGAGAAGAUUGUCCUCAAACAUCACGAAGACAUGGUUGUGGAAGACUGUGGUUGUACAUGAAUGCAUUUAACCACUUAAAGACCGAGCCUC